UUCUUCUUCUUUUUUUUCCCCUUCUUCAUGUGGUUUUUACCGUGCAUUAGCGAUUUGAGAGGAGUGAAUGCCCGAGCUAUUAGUUGCGGAGAUGUGAGAGUGCUCGAGGAUUCAGGGGAGGAUCUUCUUUUAGGGUUUAGUGUGUGUUGCGCAGUCCGUAUGUGAUCUUUUGCAUUGCGUUGAGUAAUCAGAGUCGCGCCUUCGCCGCUCCUCUGAACUUGCAUGGGUUAGGAAAGUUGGUGGAAGGAUUGGAUUCACGAUUGGGGUAAAAUUUCGAACGUACCUUGUUAUGCAAGAAAGCCAAUCGCCUUUGGACGAAGUUCAAAAUUUUCAGUUGGAACCAGUGUUUUACUGUGUUCUACUUUCCUAGUUCCAGGCAUUAACAGUAAGAAGACCACCAUGAGGCUGAAAAAAGGAAGUACCACCAUGAGACUGAAAAAGGGAAGUAAAGUGGAGGUGCUUAGCACGAAAGAGGACUUCAUAGGUGCUUGGGUUUAUUCCGAAAUAAUAUCUGGAAAUGGGCGCAAUUACUAUGUGAAAUGUUGUGGUUCUCCCGGUACUGGCGGGAAGAGAGUAGAGAGGGUACCGAGGAAGGUCAUUCGGCCCUGUCCACCUCCUGCAGAAGGCAUUGGUGUAUGGGUUCCGGGUGACGUUGUCGAGGUGUUACACAGCCUAUCAUGGAAGACUGCCAUAGUUGUGAAGGUUUUUCAUGAAAACCACUUUUUGGUUCGGCCAGUUGGAAGCUUUCGGCAUUUCAAUGUCCAUAAACGCUAUCUCAGGGCUAGGCAGAUAUGGAAAGAUGGCAACUGGUUCGUAGUCGGAAAGGGCGCUCGUAAUUGCACCAUAUCCCGGAGAAAACGACUUGUCGAAACAGACUUGAAGCAGCAAGCUGGAGCUGAAUUUUCCCCAACUGGGGGAAAUACUGAACUUCAGUUUCAAGAAGAUUCAAAGAGGAAACUGAAGACAGGUUUACACGUGUGCUCGCCUCACGUCGAAGCACGCUGCGUUGGUUUUAAGAAGAUCAAACUCAUUACCAAUAAUUGUCACCGGACUUUGCCAGGGACUCCAUCAGAAAAGGCUGAUGCAUCUGAUUACCUGAAUGAGGAAGAAAAUAAUGCAAGUUAUUCCUUCUGUUGCUGGAGAACUAAGUUUCCUGAGGUGGAAUCGGGAGGGGUCAAUAAUGCUUUUUGGCGGGAGACGUCAAAGAACAUUGACAGCUAUAGUUGCGCAUCAUCUGUUGGCAGCUCUAGUACUAAUGGCAAGAAUUGGUUUUCAAGUUCAAUAGAUUGCAGCAUCAGGAAUACUUCUGGCGAACUCAGUGACGCUGAAUCCUUCGUGGCAUAAUGUAUGAAGGAGACUCAUAUUUUUUGGCGACAAAAGAAGAAUUGGAGGCAAGAUCCCUUCCUUCGCCUCAUCCAGUCACUGUCCAGUUCUGAGCAUUUCAGAGUUUCAGUUGGGCUGAAGACUCAAAUGCCAAACCUUCACCAAUCUCUGCACAGUUCCAACAAACAAGGAUCUGGUGAUUAUUAGAAAUUUAACUUCUGCUGAUGUUAGGCCUCUUGUUCGCUGAUAGUGGAAUGAAGCAUUGAAUCUUGUUCUUCCUGUUAUGUCUUGACCAUGAAAUUGUGUGAAUCGCGAGUUAAGAUUUUAUGUACAGUGUAAUAGUCUCUCGGCACAAUCUUUCACUAUGUGAGAGAAUCUUUUAGAAUAGUUGUGCAAGUAUGACAAUAGAUUUUGUUUUGAUUUCCUUUAUGUUCAUCUCAUCUUAUCCCAGUGAGAGUGAUGUGUCAAAGUAGAUGACAUGAGUGUCAUUCUCAAAGGACUUACUUUAGGUAUUCAUGUACUUGUUAGAUGCUUCUGUUUUGGUGGAAGGUGUCAAAACUUAGGCUGAGUAAUAAAAAAUCUUAGACUCAAUUUCUUAUCUUUCUGGUUUUGAACAUUGUAUGCUAAACGAUAAAGUGCUUCAUCAAAAGAUUCUGUAUUAUAGAGACUUCAAAUGAUUAGUGUCUGUUGCAUAUGAUUUUGACUGUGGGGUUUCUCUACCCUUCUU